AUGGCGAUCGCUUUGAACACUUUACCUGUCGAAAUUCUCGAUCAGAUAUGUAAAUCUCUUCCUCGCCACCGAGAUGUGAGCAAUUUUCGACUUGCCUGCCACAGACUGGCUGACGUGGGCCUCCCUGCGCUGCUUCCAAGGUUGACUGUCCAACUCUUCCCCGAGAGUCUCGACCGGCUAUGCAACAUUGCAUCGGAUCCCGUCCUGAAACACCAUGUCUUCAUCAUUGUCUUUGUGAUGGACAUAUUCGACCCCGAAGACAGCACCCUUGACGAAUGGAAGGACAAACUAGCCGAGAUGGCUGAGGAUAUUCAUCCACACCUUGAUUUCGACAUGCUCGAAGAUGAGGAAGAGAUGAGAAGUAGCUGGGAGGGCCUUAGACUUCUGCUUUCCAGGCAGAAUGAAGCUUUCACAGCUCUUGAAUCUCCACGGGUGCAGGAUGCUUUGCAGCAAUUCAGAAACCUCAACAAUCUUGAGGUGCGGUAUUCCAAACGCCAGGAUCGCACAUCCCGCGAUGAGACGUACAGGAAAAUCUACGAAGCCCAUCCCUACAUUCACAAGGAAAGCCAACCAUUCUAUCCAUCCUAUACAGGAACAACAUAUGCGGGCCGUCCAGGGAUCAAGCCGCUCAAAGCGCUAUUACGCGGUAUAGGGAAACCGGGGCUUAGAACCCUCAGGGUAGAAGCGCUCGACGCUCAAUUCUUCAAUGGCAAUGUUGCCGCCGAGGCAGCCGAGUUCGACUCUCUUCUGGGGAGUCUCCGAGAUCUCAACACCCUUCGACUCACUGUCACUCAUUGCGCUGAGACGGUGGAAAGCGCUGAAAGCGGUCUGUCCACAGACCGAUUCAGGACUUUCUUAUCCUCGGCACCUCACCUGGAAGAUAUAGACGUUGGAUUUGGCGACACAGAUUUAAUCAGCUUUUAUCCAAAAGUCGCCAACGUCCUGCCCGUGGAGUAUACAUGGCCGAACCUGACAAGGCUCCGGCUAUCAGUCGUCGAAAUCGUACCCCCGACCUUUCUAAACUUCCUUCGCCGCCAGCGGAGCCUCGAGACCUUGGAGCUGGGCCACUGCCAGCUCCCAGAAGGAAGCACGCACAGUUGGUCGGAUUUAUUUGCUCCCCUCGCCGUGGACUUUGAUCUGAAGAAACUUGCGCUCUCUGGAACUUUCGGGGUGCAACGGCCCACCGGUUGGGAUUACAUCGACAUACGCGAUGCGGUUGACGACAUGGAGCUCCAAGUGUGUGAGGCGCUGGAUAUGGUGGUCUGCUCCAGGGAGUUUGACAAAUUCCUGCACAACGAGGUGGCGAUGCAUAAUGAUCUGGACGUGGGCGCUGUCAAGCAGGGCAUCAUCCGGAGCUUGAUGGACAGUCCUCCCGCAAGAGCAGCAGAGAUCACGAUGCGCAUCCCCACAGACUAUGCUCAUUAUUUCAAGUCUUUUGCUUCGGUGACUGAUAGCUCGAACUGGGGGAAGGGCGGGAUGUGGGUGUCGGGCUAUGAAAGGAUUCUCAGGCCCGUUAGAGAAGCUCCGGAAGCGCCGCGGUUCUGA